CUGUCCCAGAGUCAGGGGGGGGGAAGAAAAUGGCCGAGGCUGCCGCGGUUUCAAGACAUCGCUUCUUCUGCCACUGCUGUAAGGGGGAAGUAAGCCCCAAACUGCCGGAGUACAUUUGUCCCAGGUGUGAAUCCGGGUUCAUUGAAGAAGUCGCAGAUGAUUCCAGCUUGCUGGAAAGCGGGGCCAGUGCUGUAAAUGAUGACGCAGCCAUGCAGUUUUCAGAGCUGUGGCACCUGCUUUUCGUGGAGCGCCCCUUCUCCCUGGACCUGGACAGUCGGGAGUCUGCGGAGAGGCAGCAGCUGAGUGGCUCGGAGCACUGGGGCCCCGGCAGGCCCACACGACUCCAGAACCAGAGGAGAUACCGGAGCAGAGGCACCACGAGGCCCGAGCGCUCCCCCGCGGUCGAGGGGAUUGUGCAGCAGUUCCUGGCCGGUCUCUUUGCAAACUCUGGAGUUCCCGGCUCACCGCCUCUCUCAUGGACAGGCAUGCUUCAUUCCAAUCCAGGGGACUAUGCGUGGGGACAGGGGGGGCUCGACGCGGUCAUCACACAGCUCCUCGGACAGUUUGAGAACACGGGCCCCCCUCCAGCUGAGAAGGAGAAGAUCUGCUCCCUGCCCACAGUGACCGUCUCUCAGGAACAAGUCGAUUCGAAUGUGGAGUGCCCCGUGUGCAAAGAGGAUUACUCUCUGGGGGAGCCGGUCAGACAGCUCCCGUGCAGUCACCUCUUCCACAGCGACUGCAUCGUGCCCUGGUUAGAGAUGCACGACACGUGUCCAGUGUGUCGAAAGAGCCUCAGCGGCGAAGACGCCACGCGGCAGAGCCUAGACGCCCCCAGCCUGAACGGAGACGCGAGACCCCAGGAGCGGUGGUCGUCCUAGAGAUGUCUCGCCCCCCCUUACUCCCCUCCCUCCUGUUCCAGUAGCAAAUACACAGUGUGUUCUUCUGGACCUUACUGGAAGCAGACGCUAAUUUACAGGCCUGUGCGUGCUGUAAGAACCGGGGCGGAAAUCGGGGCAAAUCAGAACCGGUCCAAACUUAAAUCCACUUUGUUUUUUUUGUUUUUUUUCAUCUAACUGCCUGCCGCGGCUUUAACGUUCAUUUUUCUGGCCUCCUGUUAGCACAGUUUUGUCGCAGGUUGCAAAGUCGAUCUCUGCUUUUAUGUAGUUUUUCUUUUAUGUACAUUCCGAUUUUGACCUGAAGGCGUUUGCCGCGUUUCUGAGGUUGCUUCUUGCUUGCUGGCCCGCGGGUUCCUGCCUCGGAAUCCGCUCCAGCGGGGAGCGCUUCAAUCGGACCACGUCAUCCUGUG